AUGAUUUAUCUCAUCAUCUUUACAAUUCUAUGUACCAAUCUAAUCAUCAACUGUUUUCCGGCCACCGGUGUUUCAACGAUCAACAUCGGAGACCAACUUAACCGCACUUCUCAGCUUGUUUCCCCCGGUAGGAACUUCACGUUAGGAUUCUUCCCCAUUACCGACACAAACAACACUUAUUUAGGUAUUUGGUACACCAACGAUAAUCAAUCCAGGAAAGUAUGGGUAGCCAACCCAUCCAUACCCAUCACAUCAAGUUCCAGCGUCCUCAUGAUCGAUCCCGGCACUUCGAAAUUGAUCAUCGCCACCGGAGGAACAACCCUUGUAAAUAUCUCUAAUAAUGAAUCCGGUCGUGGGUCUAAUUUAACUGCAACCCUUGAAGACACAGGAAAUUUCCAUCUGAAGGAUGAAACUGACAACCGGAUUCUGUGGCAGAGUUUUGAUCAUCCAACCAACGUACUCUUACCAGAUAUGAAACUCGGGUCAGACCUUAGAACGGGCCAGAGUUGGAACUUAACUUCUUGGAUGAGCAAUGAAAAGCCUGAUUUGGGUGCUUUUAUGUUGAGCUGGGAACCUGAUGGAGAGAAGUCUCAGAGAUUAAUGAUCCGGCGGCGAGGACAACCAUAUUGGACUAGUGGAGAUCUGGAUAAUCAAACAUUUGAGUUCAUGAGUGUAAACAAUCCAUUCAGCCAAUUCCAAUACAAUCUCAGUUACGUAUACAAUGAUGAAGAGAGAUACUUCAGUUUUCAUGGCAUCAAUGGUGUUCAGCCCAUGUGGAUUUUGACUCCACAAGGCCAAAUUAUAGAUGGUGAUAGCUCUGCAACUUGGGUCCCUGAAUUCUGUUACGGGUAUGAUUCUGGUAAUGGGUGUGUGGCAGAUUCUAAUUUGCCUCAGUGUAGGAACGAGGAUGAUAUGUUUAGUCACCUCAAUGGCGAUUUUACUCCUGGCAUGACAAACAGUUCGGUCGAUGAUAAUCCAGACUUAAUCAAUAGCGAUUGCAUGGUAAGGUGCUGGAAUGAUUGCAGUUGUUUGGGGUUUACCACAAGUAGCAAUGAAACUGGUUGUGUGAUAUGGACGGGAGCAAAGUCAGUCAAUAACUUUUCAGUCAAUCCGCAAGGGAAUUCUGUGCAGAAGUAUGUGCUAAUUUCUCCAAAUCCGAGUAAAGGAAACGCUAAGAACAGGAUUUGGGCAUCCAUUUUUGCCGCCAUUUUUCUAGCUUUGUUCUGCAUCGGGCUGUUGCGGUAUCUUAAGAAGCGAAAGGUUAGACGAGAAGAGGAGAGGAGACAAAAGAGAGAGGACGAAUAUUUCCUUGAGCUUAUGGCUUCAGACGGCUUCAAUGAUGAAACUGUUCUCCAAAGCAAUGGCAGAAAAGGAAGUGAGCUGAUUGUGUUCAGCUUUGCUUCUAUAGCAGCUGCCACGACCGACUUCGCAAGUGAAAAUAAGCUCGGAGAGGGUGGUUUCGGACCUGUUUAUAAGGGGAUACUUCGAGAUAAACGAGAAGUUGCAAUUAAACGGCUUUCGAGAACAUCAGGACAAGGGCUUGUGGAAUUCAAGAACGAGCUCAUACUUAUCGCCAAACUUCAACAUACGAAUCUUGUCCGGGUUCUUGGUUGUUGUAUUCAUGGAGAAGACAAGAUGUUAGUUUACGAGUAUAUGCCGAACAAGAGCUUGGAUUUCUUUAUCUUUGACGAAACGAGGAAGGCGCUGUUAGACUGGCCGAAACGUUGGAACAUCAUCGAAGGAAUUGCUCAAGGCAUGCUUUAUCUACAUAAAUACUCGAGAAUGCGAGUUAUACAUAGAGAUCUCAAAGCUAGUAACGUUUUGUUAGACGAAAGUAUGAACCCCAAGAUCGCUGAUUUCGGUAUGGCAAGAAUCUUCAAACAAAAUGAGACCGAAGCUAUGACUAGGAGGGUCGUUGGAACGUAUGGUUACAUGUCUCCGGAGUAUGCAAUGGAAGGGACUUUCUCGGUGAAGUCGGAUGUCUUCAGCUUUGGCGUCUUAACCUUAGAAAUCGUGAGCGGAAGAAGAAACACGAGCUUCUCUUAUCUUGACAAGACGGUCAAUCUAAUCGGAUACGCAUGGGAGCUAUGGCAACAAGGGGAUGCACUAGAUUUCGAGGACCCAACACUAGCAAAUACUUGUGUAGUACCCCAAUUGUUGAGGACUAUUCAUGUGGCACUUCUCUGUGUACAAGAAAACGCAACGGACAGACCGGUGAUGUCGGACGUGAUCUCUAUGCUUAUCAACGACACUAUGUCGCUACCGACCCCAAAACGGCCAGCAUUCUUCAUUGGCACAGGUGCAUCAAGGUCGACUUCUACGAAAAGGAUGUCCGAUGAUCACUCUGUGAACAAUAUAACCAUUACAGAAAUGGAAGCUAGAUAGUAUAUUCCAGUUUGAAUAUAUCAUUAAAAUUCGUUUUCAGUGUAGCUGUUUAGCAUUUGCGGUGGAUGCUGUUUGUGAUUGUUAGGUCCUAAGCGAUAGUCAAAGACACUGUAUCAACCAAUAAGAUUAUCUAUCGAUGGUUACAUC